AUGGCAGCCAAAUCGACAACCAAGGUGCUAAUCAAGCCCCUUGGCUUUGACAGACGUUCAGUGGCAGCAGCGGCCGAGACCUUGAGCCUAGCUUUUGCGACCGACCCUCUGCUCAUGUGGUUAUACCGCGACGCGAGCGUCAUGCGCUGGGAUUCCCUCACGCCCGCACUACAGAAAUGGCAAGAGCUGCGUGUACGCCAAAUGUUGGUCGACGAAGUUGCCGUGGAAGCUGUGAUGGAACAAGAGAGCAUGCCCCGGAGUCUAGGUGUCUGCUUCCUCCGCCCGCCGGCGUCGCAUGCGCUCCGUCGUACAAGUCUACGACACUGGUGGGAGUAUCUCAAGGUUCUAUGGACCCGAGUAUGGGACCAGCCAAAGGAGCCUGCGUGCGACGGAAAGAGAUCCACGACAAUGUACGCCAGCCAUGAAGACUUUUUCAAAAAGUUUGGAACCAAGUACCCCAAAAGUUCCAUGUGGUAUCUCUCGAUAGCUGCCGUCAAUCCGGAUGCGCAAGGCAUGGGAAUCGGCGGGACGCUCAUGAAUUGGGCGAUUGAACGCAUGGGUAACGAAACGUGCUACCUAGAAUGCACGAAUUAUAAAAACGUCCCAUUCUAUGAAAAGUAUGGGUUCAAAAUGCUAGAUGAGGGUGUAUUAAGGGACGAAGAAAGGCCGUCUCACGAGUGCAGUUUGUAUCAUAUGGUGAGAGACAAGGCACAGUAA